UUUUGCCUUCCCCGCUUCAUACUCCGUAUGCCCUUGUGCGGCGUCGGCAAAAGUCCAAUUCUCAUCGGAAGCCCUUUUUUUGGCAUUGUUUUGCAGAACGUCCAUGCUUUGAAAAUCUCUGCUUUCCCCUUUUUUGAUGCCUCAGGUGCCUGUUAUGCUAGCGGUGUAAAAGUAGCCCUGGUCUCGAGAAGAAUCUGCGCGGGGCUUGAUCCGUCCUUCCUCAGAGACCGGUCUCUCUCUUGUUGUUGUAUUUUACGGAGUACAUCUCCAGACUGCCCUAGACUGAAGCCUCGGCUCAUAAAGACCCAACCAGAAAGACAACUACUAAGCGUCAUGAGCGCUACCACGGGAGAAUAUGAAGCUGAAAAGGACCUUCACGUCGACAAGGAAUUAUCUCCCUCCAGGUAUCGUCAAAACCUGACUCUCGGUCGGACAGAGUCCAACAUCAGCCGAGCUCUCGACGCCGAAGCAAACAUCGACCUUUCGCCACCAGAGGAGAGCGCUGUUCCCAUAGCGAAUGAGAAGAAUGAUGAGCACGGCGCUCCUCCCAAUGGCGGCUUCAAUGCAUGGCUCCAAGUGCUCGGUUCCUUCUUCCUCUUUUUCAAUUCAUGGGGAACCGUAAACGCAUUCGGCGUGUUCCAAACAUACUACGAAAACAAUCCUCUGUGGCACGAAACGGCCAGCAACAUCUCGUGGAUCGGCUCCAUCCAAGCCUUCCUGCUGCUCCUCAUCGGCGUCAUAACGGGCCCCGCCUACGAUGCAGGCUAUUUUCGCGCUCUCAUCACGACGGGAGCCGUUCUCAUCCCGCUCGGCUUCAUGAUGACCUCCUUGUGCAAGACUUACUGGCAAACCAUGCUCGCCCAGGCUUUCUGUAUCGGCAUUGGCAACGGCUGCCUCUUUAUCCCUUCGGUCGCCAUCCUUCCGCAGUACUUCUCCACGAAAAAGGCCCUUGCAAAUGGUCUUGCCGCGUCAGGUUCCUCCCUGGGCGGCGUAAUCUACCCGAUUGCCUUCCGACGCCUCGAGCAGCAAAUCGGCUUCGGCUGGGCGACGCGAGUCCUGGGCUUCAUCUCUUUCGCCACAGUCUGGUUCUCGGUGUUCGUGAUGAAGCCUCGCGUCCUGCCCAAGCAGAAACGCCACCUGACCGACCUGAGCGCGUUCAAGGAAUUACCUUACGUCGUGUUCUGCGUCGCCAUGUUCUUCGGUUUCGUCGGCUUUUACGGUCCCGUGUACUACAUCCAGCCCUACGCGAUUCAAAAGGGCAUCACGUCCGAGAACCUAGGCUUCUACCUGCUUCCCAUCCUCAACGCCGCCAGCAUUCCAGGCCGAAUCGUGCCCAACUUUCUCGCCGACCACACGGGCCCAUUGAACGUUCUGAUCCCAUGCUCAACGAUGACGGCUAUAUUGGCGUUGAUAUGGAUCGGCAUCAAAAACCUCGGCGGAACGAUCGUCUUUUCUCUGCUGUACGGCUUCUUCUCGGGCGGCUUCGUUUCUAUGCCACCCGUCGCGAUCGUCACGUUAACCUCUGACAUGCGCAAGAUCGGCACAAGAAUGGGCCAGUGUUUCUUCAUCAGUGCCUUCGGACUGCUGCUGGGCACGCCGGUGUCGGGCGCCAUCCUGGGCAGUGCAAACAACUGGCUGGGCGUGCAGCUUUUCAGCGGUGCGGCCGUGAUGGUGACGGCUGUGUUGCUGCUCUGGGCCAGGAUUGAUGUCGCCGGCUGGGCGUUGAAGAGGAAGGCGUGAAAGAGCAAGAUUGGACAGAUGACGACUGGACAAAAUGACGGAAAAUCGCCUCACAGUGCCCCCGAAGAACGACGAAAUAUAGUAGUCUUGAAAAAGCGAACGACUCGCUACGACGCCUCAAUUCACAACUGGAUCAAACCCCCAUGGCCCAUGGGUAUUUGCCAGUUCUUGGGACUCUGUAAAGUGCAAAGGACCUUUCUUGCUUGGGGCUUCUCUCCGGACCGCGCAGACCCCAAAAGUGUCACGCCGAACGUCCGGCACAGGAUCUGUUGCGACUUGAAGGCCGCCACAUCAUUGACGUCGCUCUUCCAGAUAUGAUCGGUGACACAGGCUCGAGGAAGUUGCGCUCAUACAGGGGUAGCAGACGUCAACAUGUCUUCGUCCUUGUCAAUCCGCCAUGGAAGCUUUCUGAGGAAUGGUGGCCUCUUUUGCGACCUGCCAUCGACUACUUGGGUCAGACUUCAGAGUCGACGCGGCAGCGGCCACAGAGCACGAACGCGAUACCCUACACUGGGUCGAAACUGGAGGAAAGACACGUAUUGACCAAACAGCAAGCCCAGGGUAGAUAGCCCAUGUAACACGCGAGAGCCCUGAUGGACAUUGGGAAAGAGAAAGAUAGAGUCUGAUAGAAUCUCUUCGUGUCAGCAGCUGCAACAUCUGCG